UCUUUCCAGCAAUCGUAUGGAAUUGUUGUAACACAUUUCGUGCAAGAUGUUUAUGCCCAAAGCCCAUCGCGUCGCCAUCUAUGAGUACCUCUUCAAGGAGGGAGUCCUAGUGGCCCAGAAGGAUUUCUAUGCCCCGAAGCACCCGGAGCUGGAGAACAUCCCCAACCUGCACGUCAUCAAGCUGAAGUCGAAGAACUUCGUCAAGGAGCAGUUCGCCUUGCGCCACUACUACUGGUAUCUGUCCAACGAGGGUAUUGAGUACCUGCAUCUGCCCCCGGAGAUUGUUCCGUCGACGCUGAAGCGUGCCGCCCGUUCGGAGUCACAGCGCGCCCGCGCUACCGCCGGACCCCGUUCCGCCGAUGGACCGAAGGAAGGCGAAGACCGACAGGGCUACCGUCGCACCCAGCAGGCCGGAGGUCCGGACAAGAAGGGAGACGUCGGCGCCGGAGCCGGAGAUGUGGAAUUCCGCGGACGAUUCGGCCGAGGACAGAGGCCACAGUAAGGCACGGAUUGAUUCCAUCUUCUGUGUGCAUUUAAUAAUAAUAA